AUGUUCCCACCUGGCAAGAAUGCUGAGGCUCGCAAACUCUCCGAUACCAUCAAAGGCUCCGGCGGGUCCCUCGUGGGCGUCCCAGACAACUUGGUCGACCUGGUUUGGGGAGAAAGCCGUCCUCCCCGCCCAAGUGAACCAGUCAGGGCUCAUCCUCUUGAAUAUACGGGGAAGUCUUUCGAGGAUAAGGUCGAAGACUUGCGCAAGGAACUGUCCAAAAAGAAAAAGGCCGGCAUGAUCAUUUCCAUGCUUGAUGAAGUGGCCUGGCUUUUGAACCUGCGAGGUGCCGAUAUCCCAUUUAACCCGGUUUUCUUUGCAUAUGCCGUCGUCACUCACUCCGCCGUCGAGCUCUACAUUGAUUCAUCCAAAUUAACACCAGAGGCCAAGGCGCACUUGGGCGACAAGGUCGUUUUGAAGCCUUACGAAUCUAUUUUCGAUUCCGCCAAAUUGCUGAGCCAGUCUCUGGCUACCAGCGACGACAACUCCCCUUCAAAAUUCUUGUUAUCGGACAAGGCAUCUUGGUCUCUCAACUUGGCUCUGGGCGGUGAGGAGAAGGUUGAGGAGGCGCGUAGCCCCAUCGCAGAUUCUAAAGCUGUCAAGAAUGCUGUCGAGCUUGAAGGAAUGAGGGCUUGUCAUAUCCGUGACGGAGCCGCUCUAACAGAAUAUUUUGCCUGGCUGGAAAACGAGCUGGUCAACAAGAAAACUGUUCUCAGCGAGGUCGAUGCAUCUGACAAACUAGCGGAUAUUCGCUCAAAACACAAGCACUUUGUUGGCCUGUCCUUUGACACUAUUUCUUCCACAGGCCCCAACGCUGCUGUCAUCCAUUACAGGGCAGAAAGAGGCAAUUGUCCCAACGUUGACCCCAAUGCUAUUUACCUUUGUGAUUCUGGCGGCCAGUAUCUCGACGGAACAACUGACACGACGCGUACUCUUCAUUUUGGAUCACCCACUGAAAUGGAGAAGAAGGCGUAUACGCUGGUUCUGAAGGGCAUGAUCAGCAUUGAUACUGCAAUCUUCCCUAAGGGAACUACCGGAUACGCAAUAGAUGCGUUUGCUAGACAACACCUGUGGCGAUAUGGUUUGGAUUAUCUGCAUGGUACCGGUCAUGGAAUUGGCUCGCAUCUGAAUGUCCACGAGGGUCCUAUGGGUAUCGGUACACGCGUCCAGUAUGCUGAAGUACCCAUUGGCCCAGGCAAUGUGUUAUCAGAUGAACCCGGUUACUAUGAAGAUGGCAAUUUUGGAAUUCGAAUUGAGAGUAUGAUGUCCUCUUCCCUUGCAUACUAG